UCUCUCUUCACGAGCUUCAGCUUAUUCAAUGGGACGCUCGGUCUAUAUUUACCAUGUCUAUGGUUGCUCGUAACGUGAAAGAGAACGACAGAGUCAAAAGGACUCGGUUCGCAUUUUUUUUUUUCCUUUUCCAUCGAGAUUACGAUUCGAGUAACGUCUCGCGGCCGUUAAUUGCGCCAAAUUGAAGGUUCCGCGCUUUGACUUCCCGACCACGCCGGACUGUUGCCGACUCGACUGUCGCAACGCUUCAGACCUGCAACCUACAUCGCACCUGCAGAUUCUUCGAGGUCACACGCCGAGGGCGAAAAUCCGCGGUUCGCAAUUCGCAAUUCGCGCGAAUACGAGAACAUAACGCGCGGCGCCGAUUCCGGGCCGCUGAUACAUUCAAAGACGUCAGAGAGAAUGAGGGGCGUUCGGUAAAACGCGGUUUUGUAAUUUUGCUUCACGCUAUUUACUUUACGAGAGUUUAUUUUAUAAUGGGAAAGCUACGCGAGUGAAAACGGUACUUUCUUUGAAAACGAGAGAGAAAGAGAGAGAGAGAGAGAGAGAGCGAGCGAGCAAUUUCGACUAUAUCCAAUAAAUUCCUAUUAAAUCCGUAUUUUCAAAUGAACAAACAAAACGUUGCGAAACAUGAUAUUCGUAUAUCUCAAAUAUCCGAAUAAUACAAACGCCAUUAACACAGCUCGAUGACUACCGGUCUCGUGCAGACUCUUUCUCUCCCCGCGCCCACCCCUCUCUCUCUCUCUCUCUCUCUCUCUCUCUCUCACUCUGUAUUUUUUUACCGUAUGAACCUCGAUUCCUGGCUAAUACGCUUUAUAUUAUUGCGCGCAUGGUCGUGACACCUCCGCGAGAGGUGAUCCGUCGCGGAGGGCGCAUGAGCGGGGACCAUGACGAGGGGGAGGCCGGAGAAGGACGCAGGGCGCACACGUACAACCGCCCGCGUUCUCUCUCACCCCUGUCGACAUCGGUCAUCGACGAGCCCUGGCUUGCGUUAGUCCGACCGGCAAACUCGCCGCGCAGCGUCGCGUCGCCUCCGCCGUCGCCGUCGCCUCGUUCGAGAGCUCGUGCCACCGUAUGUUUUUACCGCGGGUCGCGAGGAGGAGCGCGACCUGUACAGGGCGAGGACUCGGAGGGCCGUUCGGUAUGCGCGCUCCCAAGGGACCACGGGCGAGGGACGAAAAUUUCGGAAGGAGAGGACCACGUUGAACUCACCCCUCGCGCGAGACGAGGCGUUCGGCUCGUGGACAGUGCGUAGGUGUUCCUUAUUCGAAAGGUAUUGCGUUGGAAAGAGGGUGAGAGAGGGUGAGUGAAAGAGAGAGAGAGAGAGAGAGAGAGGGAGAGGGAGAGACAGGAAGAAAGAAAGAGAAAAAGAGAGGAAUCUCGAGGGUGACGAGAAUGGAGCGGUGCGCGAACCCCCGUGGAAUGUGCUCUAUCAUUGAUCGAGCGUAUAGAUCGAUCAACGUGGAGAAGGUCGUUCGGAGCAACUAGCAAUUUCGGUGAAUACCUGUCGAUGUGCUCGUAGCACCGAACGACGUCCCAAAAGAAUUCGCGGAGUCCUGGCCCUCGUUACCGUCGACGUGCGAUCGAUCGUCGAUAUCCUCAACGAGGGACCCACGUCGAUGACGAGCGCGGAAUCUUGAAGGCGCUCGGGCCCGACUCUGAGACGUCUCGUGACGGUGACAAUGUGGAUCAAUCGAUCCCCGGUCACGGAAUCGCCGAGGCACGAUUGCGCCUCGUGCCGCGGCAGCGGGGCUCACGACUUGGUCGUAUCGGCGACCCCGAUUAUCACGCGUCACCGCGAAAAUAAAUUCCGGUGCUGGAAAACUCGAUCGAUGGUGCCAGUCACUCAAGAGGAGAGAGCCGCGCCGUGAGGGGCGGCAGGAAAGAAAAGGGGAGAUAGAUAGAGAGAGACAGAGAGAGAGAGAGAGAGAGAGAGAGAGAGAGAGAGAAAAACAGAGAGAGAGAGAGAGAGAACGAGUAAUUGAGUGCGAGAGUGGAUGCGAGGUGGACAAAUGCAGGAGGUGAACAAAUGAUGAAAGUUCACCCACGUAGAUUAAUCACCAUCCGAGUUUGCCGGGGUCACUCUCGUCGAAUAUAACCAGAUAGCUUUCAUUGUGAUUCAGGCGCGCCGCUGGCCGUCGCACCUGAUAUCUCGACGUUUGAUAUUUCGAGCCGCAAAGCCUCGCUGCAAAUUGCUGGGAAAUUACCGGGAGAUUCCCCGCUCCAAAUUUCGUUCCCGCGUAAUUUCAAAGUAAUCCCGAAAUAUUGCGAAAGCGGUGGGCAAAACGUUUGGGGCAACGUCGACUGGCAACGAAUCGAAAUCGACAGGGACCGUACGUUUCUACACAAGCGACUUGGGACGCUUCGAAGCGAGGCUCCUUCAUACGGAAGAUCGUGCCGGAAACUUGGGGAAACGACCGCAAGCUCCAGCCUGUAUUCCGGACGAACAUCCGUCUCCCGACAUCGCUUUUCCAUUGUGAUCUGACGAUUGACGUCCAUUAUUCGGGCGGUUUUUCGAGUACUUUCGAGGACUCCAGAAUUUCAGUGUAACGCUGGCGGCGAAGGUACUUAGAAUGGGCUGCAAAUCGGCAGCUAAGUCCAAGCUGAAAGAAGAGACGGUCGCAUCGUCGUCGUCAUCGUUGUUUUCGAAGUAUAAUCAGACGAUCCAGUCGUCGGGCAAGCGGAAGACGAUCCAGGAACACGGAGCGGAACACGGCGGCAAAUCCAGUCUCGGGGACGAGGAAGAGAGCGAGGAAAGCAACGCGGCCUCCCGUGUCUCCGGGGGGUCAUUUCCAUUAGAGAACAGCGGAACGUCCGGCGUCGCGGUAGCUAUCACCAGGUAGCUAUCAAGCGACGAUGCAGAAGUUGCGCUCGACCUUCAAAAGGUCGCGCACUCCCACGGGGGCGGAAAUGAAAUCCCAGUCUAGCCUCGAGGUGCCGAAGCAGAUCAGGUCAGCCUCCUUCGACGAGAUACAGCUACAGACGAAGAGGCAGGACGACCGUACCUCCUCCUCGUCCUCCACAUGUUCCCCGGCGAGAUCUCAAGACUCCGUGCGCGGCAGGAGGGGCUCCUCGACCCUGAAGGUGCCGCAGCUGACCGGUCAGCGUUCCAAGAGCUUCGACGCGUACUCCGCGAGUUCCGGCUCGUCCCCGAGUCAGCAGUUGCCAGCGGGUGGCAUCGAGCGACCGGACACGCCGAUCAUCCAAGUCUCCGGAUGCUACCACUGUGCCUGCGUCGAGGAGUACCGGAACCUCUGGCUGGCCGAGGAUAUCUCCAGGGAGGAGGCCGACGCCGGCGAGGUCCACGAGACCUCGGACACCGAGCUGUCCGAGAACGAGUCGGAUCGCGAGGAUGAAACCAAGAGGGAGGGCAGCCCGGAGAUCCUGGUUACCCUGACGUCCGACAAUGAACCGUGCGAGUCACGAUGCGUCGAGGUAACGGAAGAUGCGCCUGCCGAGCCGGACUUGGAAGUCAGGCCAGAGUUCCCGGAGAGGCAGCGCAGGCUGUCCAGGCAGGAGGCCCUGACCACCUUUCCCCUGGAGCAUCUGCCCGCUCUCGCGUCAGCCGCGACCGCGUCGGAAGCGGACGACGACGACGACGACGAGGAGAACGAGACCGUCGAACCGAGCAGAGGCAAAUUCGUCGUGCGUGACAUUUUCCUGACCGUGCCGGAGCUGAAGCGGGACCGCGCCGCUUCCGUGGAUUCGUGUUUUAAUAACAAUAAAAACGGCGGCGUUGCCGACGCGGACUCGUUGGCAGUGCCGCAGCAGAGCAUCAGGUCGAAGAGCGUCGACAUCGUGCUGCCGACGGACGCGAGGACGAGAUACACGGCGCUGCUACCGGGAAAGGAACCGCGACCUUCGAUAGGAGGGAGAGAGGAUAGUGGAGAAGAUAGCAGAGACGGGGGUAGCUCGAGUCAUCGUGAACCUCGGUCGACUCCGGAUUGGGGUCCAAAUGCGAUUAAUGAGGAACAUCUUUGGGUACCAACCGCUACGUCCGGUGAUUUCUGUUACGUCAACGACUGUUCCAAACACGGACCCCGGUUGAAGUGUCCGGCUUGUCGUGUAGUGGCUCAUGCCUGCUGCGUCGGAAGUUUAGAGUUCGCCUGCAAGCCGAAUUUUCGCGAUGUAGGGGUACGUCAGUAUCGCGAGCAAACGACGACCCAUCACCACUGGGUCCAUCGACGAUCGCAGAAAGGCAAAUGCGCUAAUUGCGGCAAGUCCUUCCAAUCAAAGCUCAGCUUUAGCUCCAGGGAGAUCGUGGCGGUUAGCUGCAGCUGGUGCAAAGCCGCUUACCAUAACAGGGAGUCGUGCUUCAACGUGCAGAAAAUAGGCGAGAAUUGUGAGCUGGGCACUCACGCAUCGAUUGCAGUACCGCCGUCGUGGAUCGUGAAACUUCCUCGUAAAGGUAGCUUCAGGAGUAGCUUGAGAAGGUCACACAGAAAGAAGAAGUCCGGCGAUGGCUCAUCUUACCGGCGGAGGAGCAAAGAAAAGGAGAAGGAAGAGAAGGAGAAAGAGAAGGAAAAGGAGAAGGAUCAGGGAGAGUUGUGGAUCGUCAAGCCCAUACCCACGGCUACCGUGAAGCCAGUGUUGGUGUUCAUAAAUCCAAAAUCCGGCGGUAAUCAAGGGGCGAAAUUGUUACAAAAGUUUCAAUGGCUGCUCAAUCCAAGACAGGUUUUCGAUCUGACGCAGGGUGGUCCAAGAAUGGGACUAGAACUUUUCAAGAAGGUCCCAAAUUUGCGCGUAUUGGCCUGCGGCGGCGACGGUACGGUCGGUUGGGUCCUGUCGAUUCUGGACCAAAUCGGCGCUUAUCCAGCGCCAGCGGUCGGGGUACUUCCUUUGGGCACCGGCAACGACCUAGCGAGAGCACUGGGAUGGGGAGGCGGCUACAAGGACGAGCCGAUCGGCAAGAUCUUAUCCAGCAUAAGUGACAGCGAGAGCACCCUGUUGGACAGGUGGCAACUGAAGGUCGAGAGGAACCCCGAUGUCAAGAACGACGACGACGGCGGCAAGGGCAAGGAAAACCUGCCGCUCAAUGUGGUUAACAAUUACUUCUCACUUGGUGUGGACGCUCACAUCGCCCUCGAGUUUCACGAGGCACGAGAGGCUCACCCGGAGAAGUUUAACUCCAGGAUGAGGAACAAAUUGUUCUACGGACAGAUGGGCUGCAAGGACCUGCUGCUCACAAAGUGGAAGGACCUCUCGGAUUUCGUGACGCUGGAAUGCGACGGUCAGGACAUGACGCCGAAGUUGAGGGAGCAUCGGGUCCACGCCAUACUGUUCUUGAAUAUCGCCUCCUACGGCGGCGGGACGCAUCCGUGGAGCGCGGGAAGCGGCACCAGAGAACCCGCGAUGGACGAUGGCUUGAUCGAGGUAGUCGGUCUGACCACCUACCAGCUGCCUCUUCUGCAAGCACGUGGACACGGCACCUGCAUAGUGCAAUGCAGCACCGCCAAACUGGUCACGACGAAGACUAUACCGAUGCAGGUCGACGGCGAAGCUUGUCGUUUGUUACCAUCUAUCAUAACUUUGGGCAUGUUGAACAAGGCUACGAUGUUAGCGAAAAGAAGGAACGCGGGAAAGUCGCACCAGCACACAGCGAGAUUAGACAGGCUGAAGCUGCCUGUGAUGAGGAUAAAGAUGUCGGAUUAUGAAGCGUACCAUCACAACAAGGACAAGUUGAAGCAAGUGGCGGAAUCGUGGCUCGCGGAACCGCUCGAUCUCGAUGCUGCGACCGAUCUGGAGAGCCUGAGGAAGCUCCUGACUAAAGAUUACAAUGUGGAUUCGUGCUGUUUCCUCGAUUCGUGCACCGCGGAGAGAUUCUUCAGGAUCGACCGUGGCCAAGAGCAGCUGCAUUACGUGACGGACGUCGCCGUGGACGCCGUUUACAUCCUCGACGAAGACGCCGUGCAGCAGCAAUCCGACGGCCAAGCGGGACCAAGUCAGAUUGUCGCGAGUCAGGAAGCCGAAAGCGCGCAAAUCCGCUUCUCGAGCGACGAACGUCUAAAGGACUCGGCAGCCGCGACAAAGAGGACGAAUCGACCGAACGAAGAUAGGCGGGGACAAGAACAGCCCUCCGUCGCCGGGAAGAUCAGACUUUCCAGACAGCCGGAGAGCGUUUCGCUCGAUAAAGAAUCCGAAGGGCGGAACGGCGUGAGGCCGAGGGACCCGGCGAGCCGGAACCCCUUGGACGCGCCGCCGAGCGAGAACAAAAACGGCGAGUCGAACUCUCAUAUAAGACGCGAGUCCCUGAAGCAGAACUCUCAUGUCGCAAUCGCUCGUGCCGAACAGUCGCAGCACCAGGCUGACCGAUCUCUCGCUUUUAUCAGCCCUCGCGACAGACUCUUUGGCCUGAACUCGGGAGUUCACGGAUUCACUGCUGAGCUGCUCGAGAAGAGCUGCGACGAGAUACUGAGAGCGGCGAAGAUCGGCGAUCUGCCGACCCUGAAGCAGCUCCAUCAAAAGGGGUACUCGCUUCUCUCGAUCGAUGAAACUGGCCAAACGGCGCUACACCUCGCGUCGAGGCACGGCCACAAGGACAUCGUCAGAUAUCUUAUUGCCUGCGCCCCGCCGACAAUUUUAAACAUGAUCGAUAAUGACAAAGGGCAAACCGCCUUGCAUAAAGCUGCGCAGAAUAAACGCCGUUCCAUUUGCUGUAUGCUCGUAGCCGGUGGCGCGUCUUUGAUGAUGAAGGACCGGCACGGCAAUACGCCGCAUCAGCUCGCGCUGAUUGCGGAGGAUCACGAUCUAGCUGCGUAUCUUCAAAGUCAAGAACACUUUCAAUUGGCGACGGACGAGAUGGAGAGCGAUCUCUGACCUUCAGCGUUGAUCGCCACGGCCUGAACCGCCCUGAACGACUGUGACGUAAGAGCCGCUAUUGUCAGCGUGCUGACGACGCUUUUCGCGGCAUUUUUUUCGGCGACAUAACGUAAUUCGCUACGUGUGAUAAUCUGAUAUUCCUCGUCCGUUCAACGUCGACGAUUACGUGUUUGCCAAAUGCUGACGUAUUUUUCUUGUCGAUACCUCGAAAUUACUCUUUAGGACUCAAUUAUCACAUAAUUAUCUACACACACACACAUAUACACACACCCACAUACACGGACACACACGCGUACAUUUAUACGUAACUAUGUAGCUGUUUCUAAUCGAUAAUAAGUCCUUAUUUUUCUCACUUGUAAACUUGCCCGAGGCUUGUAGCUCUACUUACAUUCACGUACUCGGCAAGUGGACCAUAAUCGGUCAGGGAGCACCUAAAAUUGUUCCUAAGACGAGUAAAAUUUAUUUUUUCGUACCAACAUUUAACGUCUCUCCGGCCCGAAAUGGGACAGUCAGUUUUGUAUAUCUAAACACGCCCAUUAUAUAUUUACGGAAGAUUCUACAGCAUUACAGUCUCGUGCAAAACAAACAGACAGAAUAAAGCCGGCCGUCAGAUUUGCGCGAUUACAGAGAGCGGACGACUGUAUGUGGAGUGUUCAUCCCGGUGAUGAAACGUUAAAUCUGUGCCAACUGACUGAGUCACGAAAGAAUAUUAACGACAAUGCCAAAGGGAGAUUGACUGUCUCAUGUUGGGGCACAUUGCAAAAGUAUAUAUAUAUACACGUAUAUACGAAACGUUCAUAGUCUCCACUCGAAAAUGGGUGCUACAAGCGAAUCGAUAAUCUGUUAGUUUUAAUCCAGGGAAAAUAGAAGCUAAAACCUUAGCGAGAGAACGGUGCAAACGAAGGUACAUUCUAUACAUACCAAAAUGUAAAAAGGGAUCAACGUACGAACACCAAUUAGUAGCUAGACGCAGUAUCUAUCAAUAUUAUUGUACUAUUGCUAUUACUAUUAUACUAUUACUACAAUUAUUUUUCUGUCGGAUUGAUAUGAGAUCUAUGUACAUAUACGUGUAGAGUUUUUGGGGCGCUCAUCGCUUGGAUUUGCGCGUAUUCUAAAGAAAGGACGCCGCUCACAAGUCAAUACGAUCGUGCACGCAACGAUUACUUUCUUUCGCGCGUCUUAAUCGAGCCCAUUUACUUAUCGAUUCUGUGAUCCCCUAGAGAACCAGUUUAUAUUCUGUUAAACUUUACGAGAAAGUGUGUGUGAAGAUUUCGUACGGCGGCGAGUACAUCCUCUCUGUCCUUCUAAGAAAAAAAAGGCUUUUUAACUCCAAAGACAUUGAAAAUUGUGCUAUAUUGUAGUUUUUGGGAUCAUCUUUUAGACUCUUCCUAGACAAAAAAAAGUCUUAUCUCUAUUUCUAGUGUUUUUAAAUCGCAAACGAAAAUACACCUCGAGUACCAAGCUAAUUUAGAACUGAAGUCACCUAAAGAAGAUGGUAAAAUUAACAAACUUUAUCAAUUAAAUUGUUGAUUAAUUAUUACAGUUAAAUGAAUAAAUAAUAGGCCUCGAAGUUGCAAAAUUACUUAAUGUUAAUGCCAACUAAAUGUAAUCGUCAUAAAAAAGAUUUCAUUUCUGGAGUAACUCUAGUAGCACAGUGCAUUGGCUGAACACAAUCAAAUAUUGGGCCAAUGUGUAACCAAUGUUUGGUCAUGUCACUGCGCUACUAGGCUUCUUUCUUAGGAGGGUAGCUCUGUUGUAAUCUCUUUUCUUCGCUAUCAGAUAUUAUUCGUAUACUGAUGCUCAAUAGUUCGUAUUCUUUGCUCGCCGCAAAAUGGCAGAGAAAUUAUUAGGGAGCAAGGGGUGCGUAUCGAACGUGACCGAACGAUCGAGUUGUCUUUAGAUUUUAAAAUGAUAAUUGUUGCGAAAGUAUUCAUAGUGUCAGCUCCUUUCAACACGCGAGAGGUGAUCUGUGACAGUGUCUUGUACCAAUUCAAUUUUGAAUUAUUCCUCGUCUCAGGAUGGAAAGUGUGUACAGUGUAUCGAGACUAUUGAGUGUUGGUAUUGCAGGAGUUGCGCACUCUUUUAAGUCUAGGUCACGAGCGAUUUUCCAAUCGUCUCGUCUUGCAGCGGCGAGAAAAUCAGUAAUGUCGACUCGAGUGAAAUCUUGACACCGCGUUUCCCGACGAGUCAACAAAGAGGAGAGAAUUGCCGCUGUUUUGUGACUGUUAAGUUUCACGCGAGGAUGUAGAUAACUUACGAAACUUUGUGUUCGACCGCAACUUAAGAAGACGAACAAUUAUUGUAACGGCGAGUUUACGCUUUAGGUUUUCGUUAGGUCGCGAUAUACAUGUGUAACGGUGUAAAUUACGAACGUCGGUCUUUCAUCGAUUUUCUCUUGAGAAAAAUCGACUGCGCGCUCGCGGUGGAGGAUGGGCGCGAUGUCUAGAACGUCCUCGCUUAUCUUUACCGCUCUUUUAGAGUAUUUAAGAAGAAAUGCCUUUCGCGAUCCGUACCUGUUGUACCGUUGUACUGAAAAAAAAAGAGAGAAUUUAAAGCGAGA